UUGUAAGAAAUGAUGAUUUUGUGACUUGAACCCAUCAUCAAAUAUUUAGGGACAUUGCUAAUAAAAAAUUAGGGAAAAAAAAUACAAACUUGCAAAGAAAUUUUAAAAAACUAAAUAAAUAAUAUAAAAAUACACACACCAAAAAAAAAAGAAAUGCCACUUUCAUAGUCACUGCUAAAAAUUGUCUACAGUUCUUGCUUAUGUGACAAAAGUUAUUUUCACGAAAUUUUUUCUCUCGUAGGGGUAAAAAAAAAAAAAUUUCCUCAUAAAUUUAUUUAUUAUUAAUUUUUGAGAAUUAUUCCUCAUAAAGACCUCCUUUGUCUAAAGAGAAAAAACCCUCGGAGACUCAUAUGCUACCCUCCUCUCUCUAUCUCUAAUUAUUAGAGGAGAAUCUAAACCCUUCACAGCUCCCGCCAAUUCUCACUCUAGAAUCACCGUCGCGUAAAAACCCUAACCCGAUCGUCUUCGAGACUUCGACCCUCCAAGCACUCAUAAUACUCAAUUUCUCUCCAAAUGUCACUAUCCAACUCUUGAAAAUCGAAAACAUUACCAAAAUGAAUUUAGUCACUUCAAGAGAUGUUCAAGAGAUCGUCUCAAUGCUCUCAUCCGACAAAGCCAAAACUCGAGAAGAAGGGAUUAAGUUGUUGAGUACCUGGCUGGAAGGUGAAAGAUCAAUUGGCUUUUGUAGAUAUAUUGGCCAGAAAACUGCAAAGCUUAAGCCUAACGAGAUACCUCACUCUGAAACAUGGCCUUUUCUUAUUACGCUGCUCACUCAAUGCAUAUCCCUGGAGAUAUCUGCAAGCAAGCGGCGUUUACCAAAGUUAAUUUUUGCUAAGACUCUGCGAAUUGUUGUUCAAGGAGCAGAUGAUGCUAAGUUUUCAGGAAAGAAUUUUCUUCUGUUAACUGUGGCCAAACUGCUUUUUAAUCACAUGUGGGAUGUCAUAAAAGAUGUCCCGAGCUUUCAGUCCGAGUAUGGAAUUAUUUUACGACAUAUUUUGAGAGAUUAUCGAUUUCAUAUGAGGAAGCGGGUAUAUUGCAGUCUGGUGCUUCUAUAUAUGGAAAAGGUGGAAACAAGCUUGAGUGGCAGUAGUGGCAGUCAAUCUAAUCCCAAAGAGGAAAUCUUUCGCUGCAUUCUGACACUCCAUUCGCUUCUUGAAAAUCCUCCAGGAGAUUUUCCAGAUAAUCUUCGAGAAGACAUUGUGAAGGGGUUUGUAGGAAUAUUCUCUUAUGUAAGGGAUGAAGGGAAGAUUUCACGUAAGCUAAUUGAGUGCAUCAACACAUACUUGUUAAGGGAUGGUCCAAAUUUGGAUUCUCAUUCCUUGGAAAUCCAUGAUGCUGUGCAGCAGUUUGUGUUCCGUUGUUGGAUAACAACCCACGACCGCGGUCUAAAGGAUGCACUUAUUUUAUAUGCAAGGUUACAAUUAAAUUUAACUAGGGGUGCUACUGAUGGGAGUGCUUUGGUAGAACAACUUCUGGAUGUAGUUGGCAAGGAACUAGAUCAAAUCAAUAUUUGUUGCACCAACCUGCCACGGAGUGAUACGACCAAGGAUGACAAGUGUGGAACCUUAACAACCUCACAGUGCAGUUUGGUGGAGCUAGCAGCCCUAAUCUUUUAUCGGGCUUGUGUUUGUAAAUUAAAAGCACCAUCAACUGGAAAACGAGCCAGAAGGGAGCAUGCUGCUGCAUAUCUAAAGGAGGGGCUCACUAAAGGAAAAUGGUUAUGGAAUGCUGCGUUUUGUUGUCUCAUCCGUAACUACUGUACUCGCAUCAGUAAGGAUCUUUUCAUCUACUGGUUUGAAGGAAUAUGUGCAAGCUUUGAAAGAAUAAUAAAUGAUGCUAAUAUGGAGCAUGCUUAUGAUGGGUUGCUGUGGACAUUGAGGUGUCUGCAGGGUCUGUCUUCAGUGCUGCUGCUCCCAUCUUUGAGAGUGGAGAUUUCACCAGGUUCAUCCUUCAUCUCAAAAGAGUUUGACAGAGGUUGGCAUACAAUAUGGAGCUGUCUAAUGCGCGGAUUACCUAUAUUCAGUAAUGUCUCCCCAGUUGUGGAUACUGCUUUGAUGCUCCUCAGGGACAUAAUUUUGAAUGACCCCGCGAAUACAUUUGUUGUACCUCAAGAUGUAUGGGAAAUUCGGUUGUUCAAGCGUUUGCCGUCAAUGUCAGUUUUGUGCUUCAUUUCAAGUUAUUUCUCAAGAAGAGGAUCUCAAGGUGAUCUUCGUGACAUUUUAUAUCUCCGACAAAAUCUCUUAAGAGCAGUUUUAGCUUUACUAAACAGGAAGGAGUGUCCAUUGUUGGAUGAGCGCAUGGUUGUAUUGUUGCCAGCAGCUGUUUAUGCUCUUUGUGCUGGUUGUUCUCCUUUCCCGCAUAAUCACAAAGGACUUUCCCCUUCAUACUUGUUUGUAGAUGUUCCUGAACCCGCAGAUGAUCGGAUUAAGGCAGAAAAACAUGAGUAUGAAGCGUCAUAUGAAUUUUUUGAGUGCUCUGUGGAAGUUCUUGCAAAAAUUGAUCUUCGUUCUGGAACUGAGGUUCCCGAAUCACAAUGCUAUCAGGCUGUACGUCUUCCCCAUCAGUUAAGAGAUCCGCUGCUUCAUGAAAUGGAAAGCAGUAUUCUUGAAGCUAUAGUGGACAGGGAGAUUGAAAAGAUGCUUUUGUCUGAUGUUUUUUUUAAAUGUGCUCUCUUAUCUAAUUUCAUGUUCAGCUCCUACAUAACAAGGGUAGAAGAAGAAGCUUCAUCAUUCCUCACCAAAAUGGGCCACUGCUUGUUAAAAUUGUUGGAUUGUGCUAUGUCUGGCAUUGAGAAAAGUUACAAAGAUAUGAGAUGUGGUUGUUUGGGCUCUGGCUCUAUUUUUGAUAGCACGAGCUUCAUCAUAACUUCUUUUGAAAGUUUUGUUUGCUCUCCUCUUUUCAAGAAAUGGAGAGACCAAAAUGUUGAUGUCAUACUCAACACAGCAAUACUUCAAUCCAUUGAAAGGCUUCUAAAGGGUCUUUCAAAACUAUAUGAAGAAUGUUCUGAUUGCACUAGGACUCUUCAGUCUGAUAUAGACCUGUCAGACUUAUCUUCUUCUGACACUUCUGUUCGAAAUUCUUAUCCAUUAAAUAGCAGUAAGAGUAUGAUUAUGGACAUGGAAUUGGAUGUGAAUGAGGAUUCUAAAGAUGUUGAUAUUUUAUCUGUCAGUGGAAAAAUUUCUACUAGCAUUUCGGUUUCUGCCAUGAAGUGGAAGUUUGACAUUAUAUCUCUAAUUUCAAGUUCUUUCUCAGUUCUACCAGUUGUUACAUGGGAAAUCUUGUUCAACCUAAUGAAAAAAGAAAAUGAUCCAAGGGUGCUUGAGAAAAUUGUAUUCAAUCUCUGUCAACAUCCUCACUGGUCCUCUCCAAAAAAGUUUAGAGACUUGGUUAUAUCAAUCAGUGAUAUGGUAGAUAUGCAAGCAAACCUUAAACUCCAGAAUUUAAAUAUACUAGCUGCUAUUUGUGUUUUGCAACGGACCCUAAUCUCCUUGGAAAAUGUUGGGAAGGAUAAAAAUGUUGAUCUACCUUCAAUGGGGAUAGUAUCUGAACAGAGUUUGACAUCUCUUGGCGAUCUGGUCAACCGAGUUGUGGAAAAUGAUCUUUUUGAUUGGUUUGGUCGCACCAAGUUGAUUGAUUGCAUAUGCAAUCUCAUAUUACUCAGACCUCAAAUUGGUCAGACCAUGAUUGAAAAGCUGCUCAUGAUGCUUCGGGAUCCUGAUUAUCGAGUUAGGCUUUCCCUGGCAAGAUGGAUUGGCGUUCUUUUCCAAACAUGGGAUGGGCAUGAUGAGCUCUUCCAGGAUAUAUGUUCAAAUUUCAGUUCAAAGUUGGUUGUUUCGUCAAAAGGAAAAACUGUCACAGCAAAGGAGGUCCUAGCCAUUGGUCCUCAGCCCCGUCCAACAUUGGAAACCAUUAUUAUUACUCUCAUGCAUCUUGCAUUUUUCAGCGAGAAGAUAGAGCUGGAGGCUGUUUUUAUGAUGUGUGUGAUUUCAGCAAUAGAUCCCUGUCAGAGGGAAUUGGUCAGUGCUGUACUUGAUAAUCUGUCAAGACAACUCAAGUAUACUACCAGGUCAAAGUACUUGGAGGAACUCAUUGGAUCAAUUCUCUUCUGUUGGGUUGCUUGUGGUGUAAGCUUAGUUUCACUUCUUGAGAUAAGGGAUCUUUUUGUUUCGAAUAUGGAGCCUAACAAUUUUGUGAAGUACUGUUGCCAUUGGCUUCUUCCAGCUCUAGUUUUGCAUGGUGAUACCUCCAACCUAAACUGGGUUGCUAAGGUUGCUGGUCAAUCUUUGGCAGUCCUGGUUAAAAAUCAUUUUGUGCCAAUCUUUUCAGUUUGCAUGGCUUUGCAUUGCAGUAAGAAGUCCGGGUGGGAAAAAGGAGCAGUGGUACUUCAGAGUUCAAUAUUAAGAACUGCUGAGAUAUCUGAGAAUGAAAGAGACAAACUCAUAAAGAAGCAAAUGGUAUCAAUUGUUAGCCACAUUCUGUCUCUUUCUUCUUGUGCGUCAGACCCUGCACUUCCCUUCUUUUCUAGGGAUGCCAUUGUGCAUGCAAUUCAAACAGUUGUAGAUGGAUUCUUGCAGAUCGAGGACUGUCCUAGGAGCUUCAGUGUCAUUGACAAGAUUAACAUUUUCCGCCCAGAUAGAGUAUUUAUGUUUAUAGUAGAAAUGCAUUACAAAGUUACUGCAGCUGUUCAUCAUCGGCACAAAUGUCAUCGGUUGGCUGGAAUUGAGGUGCUUAUUAAUGUUCUUGGGCACAAAGCUGCAGUUUCAAGCACGUCAAACUAUCUCUUCAACGUAGUGGGGCAAUUCAUUGGUUGUCAUGCUUUACAAGACCAAUGUUGUCGUAUUAUUUGUACAUUGCUCAAAACUUUUAGAAGCAACCCAUCAAAAGAAACUACUGGUGUUUUAGGCGAACAACUUCAGUUUUUGGUGUCUAAGUUGGUUGCUUGUUGCAUUCCCUCUGAAUCUAGUGUUGAACUUUCUUCUUCUCAACCAUCUCAAGUUUUAUCUUUGCUUCAUCAGCUGACUGUGGAUUCUGAUCCAUCUCUCUAUGACUACAUCAAAGAACUGGAACCUUUCCCUGAAUUAGAUAUAUUUGAUGGGAUACGGAAGUUCCAUCAUGAAUUAUGUCAAGAUUAUUCUGCAAGAGAUCACUUAUUGAAGUUUGUGAGGAGAUCUUGCUACCUUCCACCGCGAUUACUUUUAUGGAGUCUCAAAGCAUUGCACAAGAAGUUAGUCAUGGGGGAAAUUUUCCACACACAAAAAAAUACAGAAGAUACAUUUCAAGUUACAUAUUGGCAACGUGACCUUGAAAUUGUAAAUGCCGUUUGGACGCUAGUGGAUAUGUGUGGUUUGGAUGAUGCAAACAGUUUUAGAGCAUUGCUUUCUGAUUUUAUUUCUCGGGUUGGUAUUGGGGAUCCGCAUCGCGUUGUUUUUCAUCUUCCUGGAGAGUCUAGUCAUAUACAUGUUUGCCGGUCACUUAAGCUUGACAGUGCAACAGAAAUCAGUUUUCCAAUGGAAACUGGCUUAUCUGAAGAACUUUUGAUUUCGCUAAUGCGUCUUUUGAAGAAGUUUCUGAUGGAUGAUUCCGUAAAAAUAAUUGAUGUGACGUCACAAGCUCUACGGGGGAUACUAUCAACUGAAAGGGGGCAUAGAGCUUUGCUAUCAUUUGAUUCUUAUGAGAGAUCCCUUAUUGAGGUUCAUUCCAAAGGUAUUAAUAUAGAGCUAGUAGGGAGCUUACUGUUGGAUAUAGAAAGAAAGUUCAGUGCUGAAGCAAUUUCGUUGGAGAAGUCUACUAUAUGGGAGACUAUUAACAAAAGUUUUGAGACAUGGAUUUGUCCACUUGUUUAUGCUCUUAUUGGCUAUUGCAAUGACGUGAUUCUAAGUUUAUGUCAAGAUAUUGCAUUGCUGAAAGCUGAAGUUGCGGAGCUUCUAUUACCAAAUGUUCUUGUCAAUCUAGCAUGCAGGAAAGAUUUGGCUAUUGACCUGGGCAGAUUAAUCUCUUCGCAGGUGCGGGAAAAUAUAUUUACAGAGUCCAAUAAAUUGUUCAAAUCGACUCAGGUGAUCUUGGAUGCACUUAAUGAACUCCGACUAUGUUAUGUCAUGGAAAGAGGUGCUUCAUCUUCAAUUCCACUCAAUCGAGAAAGUUCAAUGUCUGCUAAGCCAUCUAGUUAUGGCUCCAAAACUCGUUCCACCUCUGCAAAGGCAAGAGAUUUUACUGCUACAUCGACUAUGUUGGUAAUGUCAACGUCAGUGUGGGACAAGGUUUAUUGGCUUUCCAUCGAUUAUCUUGUCGUCGCUAAGUCGGCCAUCAGUUGUGGCGCAUACUUUACUGCAGUUCUCUAUGUGGAACAUUGGUGUGAAGAGCAUUUUAACAGCCUUACAUUGGGGAGCCCAGAUUUUUCCCAACUUGAUGUCCUGCCUCGCCACAUUGAAAUAUUAGUUUCGGCAGUCACUCAAAUCAACGAACCUGACAGCCUGUAUGGGAUUAUCCAGUCACACAAGUUGACCUCUCAAAUCAUUACAUUCGAGCAUGAGGGAAAUUGGAGUAAAGCUCUCGAGUACUACGACUUACAAGCAAGGUCUGAUGCAGUGGUACAAGUGGAAGGAUGUUCCAAAAAAUUCUCUCCUGAGCAUUCUCAAACGACAGGUUCUCUAUCCAUUUACAAUUCAGAAGAUAAGAUUAAGCAAAGGAAACCAUACAAAGGGCUGAUUAGAUCUUUGCAGCAAAUUGGCUGUACUCACCUAUUGGAUUUGUAUUGCGAAGGAUUGACUUCUCGGAAAGACCGAUUAGAGCAUGAUUUAGAAUUUACUGAACUUCAGUAUGAGGCUGCAUGGCGGGCGGGAAACUGGGAUUUCUCUUCGCUUUAUGUGGAAGCCAAUUCUUGUGCGUCUAGCCAAAACAUUAGAAGUGAUCAUUUCAAUGAAAAUUUGCACAGCUGUUUGAGGGCAUUGCAAGAGGGAGAUUUCAAUGAAUUUCAUACAAAAUUGAGAGAUUCAAAACAGGAGCUUGUGCUGUCCAUCUAUCAUGCAAGCAAAGAAAGUACCGAAUACAUCUACUCAACGAUAGUUAAGCUUCAGGUCUUUUAUCAUCUUGGCAUGGCAUGGGAUUUGCGUUGGAUAGCUUCUUGUGAAAAGCUGAAUUCUUAUACAGAGAUGCGAAGUUCGUUAUCUGAACCCGUGAUCCCUUCCAUGGACCAGUUGUCAUGGCUAAAUGUGGAUUGGAGCUGCAUUUUGGAACGAGCACAACUGCAUAUGAAUUUGUUAGAGCCGUUCAUAGCAUUCAGAAGAGUCGUACUUGAAAUUUUGAGUUGUACGGAUUGUACAGUGCAACAUCUUUUGGAAUCUGCAUCCACUCUUCGCAAGGGUUCUCGAUUUUCUCAGGCUGCUGCGGCAUUGCAUGAGUUUAAGUUCCUCAGUGCUGGAACAGUAGAGCAACAUUCUGACUUGUAUUGGCUUGGAAGGCUUGAAGAAGCUAAGCUUUUGCGUGCACAAGGUCAGAUUGACAUGGCAAUAAACCUAGCAAAAUAUAUCUCACAAAAUUAUCAGUCAAGUGAAGAGGCUUCAGAUGUAUAUCGAUUAGUUGGAAAGUGGCUUGCAGAAACUCGAUCUAGCAACUCGAGAACUAUAUUAGAAAAAUAUCUGAAACGUUCAGUUAUACUUGCUGAGGAUCACAAGGGGACAGACAAGAAGUCCAUUGCAAGGCAAAGCCAAACACAUUUCCAUCUUUCACACUAUGCAGAUGCCCUAUUUAGAAGUUAUGAGGAAAGAUUCAACUCUAAUGAAUGGCAAGCAGCAAUGAGAUUAAGGAAACACAAGACAAAAGAGUUGGAAGCACUCAUUAGGCGGUUAAAAGGUUCAUCAAAGGGAGAGAAAACUGACUAUUCAGUAAAGAUACAAGAGUUGCAAAAGCAACUUGCAAUGGACAAAGACGAGGCUGAAAAAUUGCAGGGUGACAGGGAUAAUUUCCUCAGCGUAGCACUGGAGGGAUAUAAAUGUUGCUUGGUCAUAGGUGACAAAUAUGAUGUAAGAGUGGUAUUUCGACUGGUUUCCUUGUGGUUCAGUCUUCCUUAUAGACAAAUAGUCGUAAAUGGCAUGCUCAGCACUAUCAAAGAGGUUCAGUCUUACAAAUUUAUACCACUAGUAUACCAAAUUGCUUCACGAAUGGGUAGCUCAAAAGAUGGUCAAGGACCUCAUAGUUUCCAGUUUGCUUUGGUUUCUCUUGUGAAGAAAAUGGCUAUUGACCAUCCGUAUCAUACAAUCUUUCAGCUUCUUGCUCUGGCAAAUGGUGAUCGGAUCAGGGAUAAGCAGCGUAGUAGAAACUCAUUUGUGGUGGAUAUGGACAAAAAGCUUGCAGCGGAAAACCUCUUAAAAGAAUUAUCUUCAUAUCAUGGAGAUAUUAUCAGACAGAUGAAACAAAUGGUGGAAAUUUACAUCAAACUUGCUGAACUAGAAACAAAGAGAGAGGAUACCAAUAAAAAGGUUGCUCUACCCAGAGAGAUUCGUAGUCUUCGACAGCUUGAACUAGUACCUGUAGUGACAUCUACUUUUCCGGUUGAUCGUAGCUGUCGAUAUCAUGAAGGCUCUUUCCCACACUUUAAAGGAAUAUCAGAUUCAAUCAUGGUAAUGAACGGUAUAAAUGCUCCAAAGGUGGUCGAAUGCCUAGGUUCUGAUGGUAACAAAUAUCGACAACUAGCAAAAUCUGGAAAUGAUGACCUGAGACAAGAUGCUGUAAUGGAACAAUUUUUUAGUUUGGUUAACACUUUCUUACAGAACCAUCGGGAUACAUGGAAAAGGAAAUUAGGGAUUCGUACAUACAAGGUUGUUCCUUUUACCCCUAGUGCUGGUGUUCUUGAAUGGGUAAAUGGCACUCUUCCUCUUGGUGAAUAUCUUAUUGGAAGCAUGAGAAAUGGAGGUGCCCAUGGACGUUACGGAAUUGGAGACUGGCCAUUUCCCAAAUGCCGGGAACACAUGGCAAAGGAACAAAAUAAGCGCAAGGCAUUUCAAGAAGUCUGUAAGAACUUCAGGCCUGUUAUGCAUUAUUUUUUCUUAGAGAGAUUUUUACAUCCAGCUGAUUGGUUUGAAAAGAGACUCGCUUACACACGAAGUGUGGCAACUAGUUCAAUGGUUGGUUACAUCGUUGGACUUGGUGAUCGACAUUCCAUGAAUAUCCUAAUUGAUCAAGCCACUGCAGAAGUUGUUCACAUAGAUCUCGGUGUUGCCUUUGAACAAGGGUUGAUGCUCAAAACACCUGAGCGUGUUCCAUUCCGACUAACAAGAGACAUCAUAGACGGUAUGGGUGUUACGGGAGUGGAAGGAGUUUUCAGAAGAUGUUGUGAGGAAACUCUCUCUGUUAUGCGGACAAAUAAAGAAGCACUGCUAACCAUUGUUGAAGUUUUUAUCCAUGAUCCUUUAUAUAAGUGGGCUCUAUCACCUUUGAAGGCUUUGCAACGUCAAAAGGAAACAGAUGAUGAUUUGGAUACAAGCUUGGAAGACUCAGAAGACGAGUAUGAAGGAAACCAGGAUGCUACACGUGCACUGAUGCGUGUCAAACAAAAGCUAGAUGGAUAUGAAGAUGGUGAAAUGAGAAGUGUACAUGGGCAGGUUCAACAACUUAUACAAGAUGCUAUUGAUUCCGAUCGUUUGUGUCAUAUGUUUCCUGGAUGGGGAGCUUGGUUGUGAUAAAUGAUAAAUCUCAAGUCACAUUGGCUCUCGAGUCUCAAAUAGCACCCAAUCACAUUGUAAAGGCGGCUCUUUUUACUUUUACGUUUUUUUUAUUUUUUUUUUCUUGUAAUUUUUGUCGAGUGUUUUCCUCCUAUGUUGUUUGAGGAGCAAGGGUUGGGUGUAUUUGAUGAUGUAUAUAUGAUAUAUGCUCCUUUGUGAAAUGAUCCGUGUAAAGUUGUAUAGAGGGGAUUAUAAUUUCAAGCAGGAAUGGAUAAUAUUUGUAAUAUUUUUUCAGUCAUAGUAGUCAUAAUCAAGGGAGAGGCCUUUGUGGUGGUGUUUGAGUUGA